ACAACGCACACUCAUAGUUUGCUUUGACCAUGGCCUUAAAUUCUCCAAACUCCAGCAACUUUAGCACUGCCCUCUCUCUUGGGUCGGCUUCCAACACCAACGAAGCCUUAACGGUGAAAGGAAUGGGCCAACUAGGGUUGAACCAAAGGAUCACUAAGGUGAGAAAAUCCUCAUUGACCGCAAAAGAAAGAUCGUGUCUGGUUCAUGGUGGCAGUGAAAACAACACUGAGAGUAUCAUAAGAGCAAGUCAGAUUGUAAGAGCCCAACUGGUGCAUGCAGUAUCAUCAACACCCUCCCCAGUUUCCAGUAAUAAUGUUGUUGUUGUUGUUGCGGACAAAAAGAAAGCCAUCGAGAUUCUGCAGGCCAAACUUCUCUGCGCCUCAGCAUUUGCUCCUAAAACUAGUCCCACAUCGCUCAGGCCAAUUAGCCUUAGCCACCGUUUAACUUCAACGCCCCCACUCAAAACGCGUCGUGGUUUUCUUAAUGACGAUGAUUUUGCUUAUUCUCUUUGUCCCUCUCCGCUGUCUGUUUGUUUUCCCCAUGAAACCAGUACCUUGCAGAAUCAUGUUCGUGGCGGCGACACCAAGUACGAUGGUCGGAUGCAUAGCUAUCCGUACAAGAAAAAUGGGCCCUACACGUGUCCCAAGUGCGGGCACGUGUUUGAGACGUCGCAGCGGUUUGCGGCGCACGUGAGUUCGAGUCACUACAAGUACGAGACCAAGAGUGAGAGAAAGAAGAGACUCAUGGCCAAAAUCCGAAAGAGAAAUCUCCGUAUAGAAUGGGUAAGUGGUGGACUCACUGUUGUUCCUGACGAUGCUCCUCCUACUAGUGCUUUUGCUUAUUCGGCACGAAACAACAACAACGUUGCUCCUCCACCUCCUGUUAGGGUGGUGAAGGUUGAAGGUCAGAGUGGUAUGGAGCUUCAGCUUGCUCCUCCUCCUGGAUGGGAAAAAUUAACUGCUGGAGGUGGAGCUGUUAAAAUCAAAUUGGAGCCUGUAGCUAGCUAGGGUCUUAAUCUCUUAUCAAGGGUCCAGUAGUUUUAGUACUCUGUUUAAUUGUUAUUCAUAGGGUCAGAUUCAAUCUUCAAUUGUGUUUAUGGACCACUUAUACGGUCUAUAGUGCUUAAUUAAUUGGGUCUUGUCUUCAUUGUUCGCCUUCUCUCGUUGAAUAAAUACUGGAUUUUAUCUUCGAA